CUACGACCACCCCGGAGCCCGCAGAGAAACGCCCGAACCCCUCAGUUUACCGGGCGCAUUUCCGCGGCCGCCGCCCCCGGCCCUUUUUGUCCCUCCGCGACCACCGUCAGCCCCGCGGGGAGGGGGCGGAGCCUCCCUGCCCACUCGGAAGGGCCCGGCGGCACCACGUGGUGCGGAACCACGUGUGGGCUCCGUCAUGGCGUCGGCGCCCAAGAGGUUCAAGGCGGCGGCCGGGAGUGGUUCCGGGGGGAAGGGCAGCGCCGACCCCCUCUCCGCGUUCCUGGCGUGGUGCGGGCGGGCCGGGGUGGAGCUCAGCCCCAAGGUGCGCCUGAGCAGGGAGGGCGCGGUGGCGGGGUACGGCCUGUUGGCCGCCGAGGAGCUGGAGGCGGGAGAGGUCCUGUUCACCAUCCCUCGCACGGCGCUGCUGUCCCAGCACACCACCUCCAUCCACACCCUCCUGCAGGAAGCCCAGGAGUCCCUGCAGAGCCAGUCCGGGUGGGUCCCUCUCCUGCUGGCCCUGCUGCACGAGUACACAGCCAGCAGCUCCCAGUGGCAGCCGUAUUUCUCCCUCUGGCAGGAUUUCCGGAGCCUGGAUCACCCCAUGUUCUGGCCUGAAGAAGAGCGAACAAGGCUCCUGCAGGGCACAGGCAUUCCAGAAGCCGUGGACAAGGAUCUAGCUAACAUCCACCUGGAGUACAGCUCCAUCAUCCUCCCUUUCAUGGAGUCCCACCCUGAUGUCUUUGACCCCAAGCUGCACACUCUGGAAUUGUAUAAGGAGCUGGUGGCAUUUGUCAUGGCCUACAGCUUUCAGGAACCUUUGGAGGAGGAAGAUGAAGAUGAGAAGGGGCCCAAUCCUCCCAUGAUGGUGCCUGUAGCAGAUAUUUUGAAUCACGUGGCCAACCACAACGCCAACCUGGAGUACUCUCCUCACUGCUUGCGAAUGGUGACCACACAGCCCGUGGGGAAGGGCCAGGAGAUCUUCAACACCUACGGGCAGAUGGCCAACUGGCAGCUGCUGCACAUGUACGGCUUCGCCGAGCCCUACCCCGGCAACACCCACGACACCGCCGACAUCCAGAUGGUGACGGUGCGCGCGGCGGCGCUGCGGCCAUUUCAGGUGCUGGGGCCACGCCUUGUUUUCUGCCUCCUGUUUGCCCUUCUCUGCUCGCCCCCCGCCCCGGUGGGGUUGCAGCUCUGCUGUCUUCAAACAGGUGCCAGCAGCGAAGCGCAGCAGCAGCUGGUCUCAGAGCAGUGGGACUUCUUGUGCCAGCUGGAGAUGGUGGGCGAGGAAGGUGCCUUUGUGCUUGGCUGGGAUGAGGUGCUGACAGAGGAAGAGCUGUCCGUGACCCUGAAGGUGCUGUGCAUGUCAGAAGAAGAAUUCAAGGAGUAUAAGGAACAAGAUGGCUGGGAAGAUGACAGUGAGGAAGAGGAAAACUCUACCCUUUCUAAUGAGGCUCUCUCCAGACUAAAAACCCCAUGCAAGAAGCUCCUUUAUGACAGUGUGCUGCUGACCCUGGAGUCCUACAGGUCAGACCUGAAAGCAGAGCAGGACUUGCUAAAUAACAAGGAGGCUUAUGAGAAACUGAGUCGAAGGGAGCAGCAGGCUCUGCACGUGCGCUACGGACAGAAAAGGAUCUUGCAUCAGCUGCUGGAGCUGGUACGAUAGAAACCUCACUGCCCCUGGACAGGACCUGCCCAGGACUGAUCCAAGGGGAAGGGCAGCCUCUGGACAUCAGUCCUGCAGCAGGGAGGACAGAUGGCAAGAUUGACUAUAGGCCCACUUGUCCCUUAUAAGGCAUGUGGCUUUUGAGCUAUCUCUACAUAAAGAAUAUCUUGACAGCAC